CAAGGCUCGGGUGGUUCGCCCUCACCCGGUGAGGAAGCGCGCACCGCGACAGGAAGCGCGAGAGGGACUUCGAAACGAAACGAGACGAAACGAAACGAAACCCUCCGCAGGCGAAGCCGCCAAAAUUUCCCCCGUCGCCUCGCGCCGGACCUCCGAAGGCGGAGGUACCGAUCUUAUCGACGGAUCGGAAAGCAAAAGGUGGAGGUGGAAAUAACAAAGGAAAAGAAAUCCACGAAAGGGAGUUGAGUCCCGGCGAAGGAAGUUAAAGGAAGGGAAGAGAAAGAGAAAAGGGGGAGCCUUUGGGAGUGUGGGGAGGCCGCGAGACGCGCUCCUCGAAGCGGGAUUGUCGUUCGUGCCGACGCCGGUGUCGGUUGAAUGAGGUCAAGUUCAUAUCGCAGACUUGUUUUGCUUCAGAUCCACUAUUAAAAUGAGACCAAAAACAAAUGGAACCCUACAGAGAGGUCAAAAGCUGAAUCAUUAUAAAGGGAAUGGACCGAAUUGGGUUCUUAUUGCAGGAGGUGCCUUGCUCAGUACACUUUCGAUUAGGUUGGGAUGCAAGCUUAAACAAGUCUUUGAAACAAAGCUGCAAGAUAAUGUCAAUACAGGGAAUAGAAAAUUCACACCCAAGAUAAGGUCAGCCGCAUGCCAGAUGAAUUCAAAUUUAUAUCAAUUUCAUCAAAAUGAGGAUACCCACUGCCACUGUCUUUCAGGGAUAUCAGGAGAUGGAACAGACAUCAAGCAAUCUAAAAAUCCAAUGUCAACAGAAAUGGAUCUCUCCCUCCAACUAGUGAAAUUCUCGGAUACAGAACGAAACAAAGAGAGCGGAAGUGUGAUUUGGGCAUCAUCACCUGACCGUCUCGAGCUUCCCCAAAAACCAUUUCACCACUCGAGCAGCUCAGACUCUCCAUGCAUGUCGGAAUCUGGGUCUGAUAUCUACAGUAAAAGAGAGGUGAUACAAAAACUACGUCAACAGCUCAAGCGAAGGGAUGACAUGAUAAUGGAGAUGCAGGCUCAGGUGAUCGACCUUCAGAACUCUCUAAGCAUUCAGGCGACACAAUCGGCUGAUCUGCAGGCUCAGAUUGAUGCCGCUAAUAGGGAUUUGUUCGAGUCUGAAAGAGAGAUCCAACGGUUGAGAAAGAUCAUUGCUGAUUAUUGUGCUGUGAAGGCGGUCUCUCCCGAGAAGCCUGCAAGGCAUUGGUGUCCUGAAGGUGCAAAUGGAACAAUGAAUGGAUACGCUAACGGUAUUGAUGAAGGAGACUUUGAGAAGAUCGAAAUGUUGAAGAGGCAAGUUGGGGAGCUGAAGGAAGUGAUCGAAGGCAAGGAUUUCUUGCUUCAGAGCUACAAGGAACAGAAGGUGGAGCUGAGCUCAAAGAUCAAGGAGUUGCAGCUAAAACUGGAUUCCCAUGUUCCCAACAUAUUGUAAAUCGUCUGCUUAGUUGGAUUGUGAUUUCUUCUUCCUACUUUGGACGUUGGUGUUUCUUCUUCAAAGACCAUUCUGUUUCUCUCU